AUGGAUUGGAUUUAUACACCUGAUCAAAUAGCUAAUGCCCCAUCAGUAAAAGCCGGAAUGUCUUUAGAAGCAGAAGCAAAGAAUCGAAGAGAUGGGGUCAAUAUAAUUUGGGAUGUUGGGUUUAAUUUGAACUUAAAGCCGUAUCCCACCCUGGCUACUGCGGCUCUCUACUUUCACAGAUUCUACAUGUGUCAUAAGUUUCAAGAGUUUCAAAGAGAGUUGACAUCUCUAGGUUGUUUGUUUCUAGCUGGAAAAGUUGAAGAAACACCAAAAAAAUGCAAAGAUAUAUGUAAAAGCGCAUUGGAGAAAUACCCAAUGCUAUACAAAAACAGACAUAGGGUUCUAUUGGAGGAGAUUAUGGGUAUUGAGCGUGUUCUUCUACAAACUCUCAAAUUCGAUUUACAAGUCUUUUUACCAUACAAAUACGUCCCUACUUUUCUGAAAAAGUUAAAUUUAUCCGAUCAUGAUGGAAAAGGCAUUGGUCGCAGAGCUUGGACGUUGAUAAACGACAGUAUGAGAACUACCAUAAGCAUAUCCUUUGAUCCUCAAGUUGUAGCCGUUUGUAUGCUCUUUUUAGCCGCCAAGAUAGGAGGUGAGAAGAAAGAAGAAGACCAAGUUGUUUGGUGGGAUGAUAUAAUAGCAAAUUUAUCAGUCGACUUGGUGAACCAAAUUUGCCACAAGGUACUCGAUUUCUACGAUAUUUCUAAAAAGGAAGUAGGAAUUCCUAUUGAGGCAUCGAAUCUGUAA